CGCUGUCGCCGUCGCGCUUCCUCCUUUCCUAGGCCGCCUCCCGGCUGGCUCCCCGGCGCCCCCAAUUCCUCCACCCUUCACCCCGAAGACGACGCACCUGCACCUGCCGCCGCCAGUUCUUUCCACGCGCCCAUGAUCGCCCGGUGCCUUGGGGCUGUGCGAGGCCUCCACAGAGUUGGUGGUUCCAGGAUUUUAUUCAGAAUGACUUUAGGAAGAGAAGUGAUGUCUCCUUUUCAAGCGAUGUCUUCCAAUGCUUGCGGCGCAAAAAUGUUUUUAAGAUGGGAUCUUACACCAGAACAAAUUAAAACAAGAACUGAGGAGCUAAUUGCACAGACCAAACAAGUAUAUGAUGCUAUUGGAAUGCUUGACUUUGCGGAAGUAAAUUAUGAGAACUGUUUGCAGGCACUGGCAAAUGUAGAAGUGAAAUAUAUAGUGGAGCGAACCAUGCUCGACUUCCCUCAGCACGUCUCCUCCAACAGAGAAGUACGGGCUGCAAGCACAGAGGCAGACAAAAAGCUAUCUCAGUUUGAUAUAGAGAUGAGCAUGAGAGAAGAUAUAUUUCGGAGAAUUGUUCAUUUACAGGAAACCUGUGAUUUGGGCAAGAUAAAGCCUGAAGCCAGAAGGUACUUGGAAAAGUCAGUUAAAAUGGGAAAAAGGAAUGGGCUCCAUCUACCAGAACAAGUACAGAAUGAAAUCAAAGCAAUGAAGAAAAGAAUGAGUGAGCUCUGCAUUGACUUUAACAAGAACCUCAAUGAGGAUAAUACUUUCCUUGUAUUUUCCAAGGCUGAACUUGGUGCUCUUCCUGAUGAUUUCAUUGACACUUUAGAAAAAACAGGUGAUGGCAAGUAUAAAAUCACCUUAAAAUACCCACACUAUUUUCCUGUCAUGAAGAAAUGUUGUAUCCCCGAAACCAGAAGGAAGAUGGAAAUGGCUUUUCACACAAGGUGCAAAGAGGAAAACACUGUGAUUCUGCAGCAGCUGCUCCCACUGCGGGCCAAAGUGGCCAAACUCCUUGGCUAUAACACACAUGCUGAUUUUGUCCUCGAACUGAACACAGCGAAGAGUACAAGUCAUGUAACCACCUUUCUAGAUGAUUUAAGCCAGAAAUUAAAGCCCUUGGGUGAGGCAGAACGUGAGUUUAUUUUGAAUUUGAAGAAAAAAGAAUGCAAAGAAAAAGGCUUUGACUAUGAUGGGAAAAUUAAUGCAUGGGAUCUUCAUUACUACAUGACACUGACAGAAGAACUCAAGUACUCUGUAGAUCAAGAAGUCCUCAAGGAGUACUUCCCAAUCGAAGUGGUCACUGAAGGCUUGCUGAACAUCUACCAGGAGCUGUUGGGACUUUCAUUUGAGCAAGUGGCUGAUGCCCAUGUGUGGAAUAAAAGUGUAACACUUUAUACUGUGAAGGACAAAGCUACGGAAGAAGUACUGGGACAGUUUUACUUGGACCUUUAUCCAAGGGAAGGAAAAUACAACCACGCUGCCUGUUUUGGUCUCCAGCCAGGCUGUCUCCUCCCUGAUGGAAGCCGCAUGAUGUCUGUAGCAGCCCUGGUGGUCAACUUCUCCCAGCCUCUUGCACACCACCCCUCACUGCUGCGGCAUGAUGAAGUGAGGACGUACUUCCAUGAGUUUGGUCAUGUCAUGCAUCAGAUCUGUGCACAGACUGAUUUUGCACGAUUUAGUGGAACAAAUGUGGAAACUGACUUUGUAGAGGUGCCCUCACAAAUGCUUGAAAAUUGGGGUCUGGACAUUGAUUCUCUCCGAAGAUUGUCCAAGCAUUAUAAAGAUGGAAGGCCUAUUAUGGAUGAUCUGCUGGAAAAUCUGGUUGCUUCUAGGUUGGUUAAUACAGGUCUUCUAACUUUACGCCAGAUUGUUUUGAGCAAAGUUGACCAAUCCCUCCAUACCAACACGUCGCUGGAUGCAGCAAGUGAAUAUGCCAAAUACUGCACAGAAAUCUUAGGUGUUGCAGCAACUCCAGGCACAAAUAUGCCAGCGCUUUGGACAUUUGGCAGGGGGUACGAUGGCCAGUAUUAUGGCUAUCUUUGGAGUGAAGUCUUUUCCAUGGACAUGUUCUACAGCUGUUUUAAGAAAGAAGGGAUAAUGAAUCCAGAGGUUGGAAUGAAAUACAGAAACCUAAUCCUGAAACCUGGAGGAUCUCUGGACGGCAUGGACAUGCUCCAGAAUUUCCUGCAACGUGAGCCAAACCAAAAAGCGUUCCUAAUGAGCAGAGGCCUGCAUGCUUCGUGAUCACUGUCCAUGUCUGCAGGACAAGUCUGCAUCACCAUAUGUUACUAACCUGGAAACUGAAGGGAGUUUUGCAAAUGUAAAUUGAGAUUUCUAUUGACUGCCUUUUUUUUUUUUACUUUGAAAAAUUACACAGAUGUAAAUGGAAUUAUAAAUACUCUGACCUAAGAAAAGACCCAUUGGAAAAUAAUUGUACUAUAAAAUUUCAUAAAAAUGGAUUGGAUUUCUUUUUAUAAAAACUUUCAUAUGAAUGUAAUUUGAUUUUUUAUUAUUGUAACCUAGAUAAUAUAAUGUAAGAGGGCUAAGAAUUUUUAAAUUGAAUCAUAUGCAUUACAUAAUUUGAUUCUUCUUCUAUCCUGAAGUUUUGUACGUGGGAAUUCUGGAGUACAGAAUGAAUUAUUGCAUUCCUCUGGUAAAUAUUUCCUUGGAACCCUGAAUCCCACUGACUGUGUUCGCAGCAGGUGUGGAUUUUCUGCUUUGUCGAUCUCAGGGCCAGCUCUCAACUACACUCACAUAUUUAUCUUCGUGUUUCAGGCCUAGUGGCUCCCAAUCUCCUGCUACACUUAAAUUGGCUUCUUCCAUUUGGAUUUGUCUUUUCAUUUUGUGAUCAGAACCUUCCAAAGUAGUAGGACUUUGAAUUAAACUGGCCUUGUGGAGCUCAGUUUUUAAGAUCUUGUACCAGAAGUUCAUUUCCACUUUAGCAUGCAAGAUUGUCCAUCUCUGGGUGUAUUUACUCAUUGAACCGCUAAAAUGAGUCCAAGAAUGUUUUUUCUUGCCUCCUUUGCCAUCUCCCACACCCAGAGGGCCAGGAACACAUAAUCACAAAUGGCUCUGCAGGGUUCCUGGUAAUGGAGCCAAAGGUGAUGAAGUAUUGAAUCUCUACAAGAGACUUAUGAGAGCAUUGGAGGAUGACUUCUGCCAAGCUGUGUGAGCGUGCACUCACCCUGGGGGAGCAGGAGAACUUGUGCUCUAGCUAGACUCUCACUUUCACUGUCUUUAUCUUGGGCCUCAGAAACUGUUCUGCAGCAGACCAGGAUAAACUCACCAUACUUUUUGUAUUACCUAUCCUCCAAUAAUCUACUCUAUAAGGAAAUCCAAAUAGGACAAUUUUGUUUUUAAGUUUUGAAUGGGGAAAAAAGAAAGACAAAGCCCACACUCUGAAUGUACGUAGGCUGCUUAGGUCUUCCUAUUACUUUCCAAAUGUGUUUACCUGGAAGAUAACUUGGCUAUCCAGGAAAAAAAAAUCUUUCUUUCCUCUGCACCAACUGAAUUUUGUGUUACAUAAAAAGUCACUAUGCUGCAUAAUUAAUCGACAGCAGCAAAGAAACGAAGAGCUAUAGAAACUGAGAAAAAAAUUCUAAGAUUGUUCAUAUCAAACAAAUACAUUAGACACCCCCACAAAAUCUUGCCCUCCCUUCAGAGAUGGCUGUCCAGCCUACCUCACCACUCCCUCAUGCCUGGCCUCCUCUGAUCUGCAAAGCUGUUCUUUUUUGGGGGGAAAAGGUCAUGUAGAGCCCUUGCCUUACAUGCAGCCAAUCUGGGUUCAAUCCCUGACAUCCUAUGUGGUUUCCCAGGCACUACCAGGUGUAACUGCUGUGUGUUGCUGGGUGUGGCCCCCCAAAGAAAGCUCUUCUUUAGUCUUAGUACUUAAUGUCUCCCCCUGUUCCUACCUCCUGUUCUGAUUUUAGUUGCAGACAAAAACUCUCUUCAGCUUUUUCUAUUGUUCAGUGUAUCUCCUCUAACAAUAACUAUAAUUUUAAAUAUUAAAUUAUUUCACAUGGAAAAACUAAUACUUGGUGUGAAAAAGGCUGCACAGAAUAAAGACACAUUGUCCAUGAGAA